AACCUCUCCUACUCAAAUAGACAAAUCAAAGUUAUCUUAAAGCUCAGGGAAAGUAAUUCUGGAGUUUUAGGUGACACCCUACUCCUUGAUUUAUCCAGUUUUCAAAUAGGCGCCAAAAGUUUGUUUGCCAGCUCUUUUCUAGGCCUGGUGGAAAGGGCAGAGGAAUUGCUGUCCUCAGAAGGCCUGCAUUCUAAGAGGUGGGCAGCUGACGCAACUUAUAAGAGCUUUCUGAUGGUGACAGAGGGGUGGGACAGUGUUGCUACUUUACACUGAUGGGACCGGUAAUGGGGUUGAGACUAAUCCAGAGGUCAUGAGACUUCUUCACUAAUGGCCCUCAUGCUUAUAGGACUGUACUCUACCAUGAUCAGCUGGGAGGGAGAAAAACCUGUGGUUUUGGCUUCCAGGAAUGCACUUUGCCAUUAGAACAUUUACAGUGUGAACUACAACCAUCGACCUGGAGUAUGCAUUGUAUUUUCUGGAUUCUUUCCCUGCCGUGCCUUCAUGGGUGAUCCCUCAAACAGCAGCUCUGGAGUCCUCUUUCAUGAGUGUCUCUGCCAGGUGGGAUCAACAAUAUGAGUGCUGCUGCCAGGCACCAUCCAGUGGAAAGGCAGGCUUAUAAGAACAUGACAGUGUGUCUUCAUCCACCGUGUGCACCAAACCUAUCACUGUGCGACUUCUGGUCUGCUCCAGUCAAAAUGACCAUAAAAGGGAAACAUUCUUAAUUGAUUCAGGACAUCAAGGCAGCCAGCAGAGCACAACUAAAGACAAAAAAGAGGACUUCUAGAACUGCUGCAGAAAAUGUUGCAGCUCCGGAGCGCCUUCCCGCAGGAGCACGGCCAUGGAGGUGGUUCCAGCUGAGGUGAAUAGCUUGCUUCCGGAGGAGAUAAUGGACACGGGGAUAACGUUAGUGGAUGAGGAUAGUAUUGAGGCUGUUAUUGUUUCAUCCCCAAUCCCCAUGGAGACAGAACUGGAAGAAAUUGUCAACAUAAACUCAACUGGUGACUCUGCGGCCACACCCAUUUCCACGGAGCCCGGCUCAGUGUACAGUAACCACACUAACCAAGUUGCAGUGAACACCACAGUCCCUAAAGCAGAUCCUAACACCACAAUGAAACCAGCUCUUCCGAGUGGCCUUCAAAAACUUGGUGCUCAGACUCCUGUGACUAUAUCAGCCAAUCAGAUCAUUUUAAACAAAGUAUCACAGACAUCUGAUCUUAAACUUGGCAGUCAGACCCUUAAGCCAGAUGGACAGAAGUUAAUUUUAACAACUUUGGGCAAGUCUGGUUCACCAAUUGUUUUAGCACUACCCCAUAGCCAGCUGCCCCAGGCUCAGAAAGUUACAACUCAGGCUCAGUCAGGAGAUGCUAAGUUGCCAGCACAGCAAAUUAAAGUAGUUACCAUUGGAGGGAGGCCAGAGGUGAAACCUGUCCUUGGUGUCUCAGCACUGACCCCAGGAAGCCAGCUGAUUAAUCCUACAACUCAGCCCUCUGUGGUUCAGACCCAACAGUUAAAAACAGUGCAGAUUGCUAAGAAGCCUCGAACUCCAACCUCUGGCCCAGUAAUCACGAAGCUGAUCUUUGCAAAACCAAUUAAUAGUAAAGCAGUUACAGGACAGACAACUCAAGUAUCACCACCAGUCAUUGCAGGUCGAGUUCUUUCUCAGUCCACCCCUGGAACGCCGUCAAAGACCAUAACAAUAGCUGAAAGUGGAGUUAUUGGAUCGGCUUUAAACUCUACAGCACAGACACCAAAUAAAAUCGCCAUCUCACCUUUGAAAUCCCCAAAUAAGGCAGUGAAAUCAGCUGUGCAGACUAUCACUGUCGGGGGAGUGAGCACGUCUCAGUUUAAGACGAUUAUUCCUCUGGCCACCUCACCCAACGUCCAGCAGAUCCAAGUGCCUGGCAGCAAGUUCCACUAUGUCCGCCUUGUCACCGCCACCACUGCCAGCAGCUCUACCCCGCCCACCAGUCAGAACCCCAGCACCAACACCCAGCCAUUGCAGCAAGCGAAGCCAGUGGUCGUUAAUGCAGCCCCAGUGCGGAUGUCAGGCCCUUUCGUCCCAGCGCAGGCUGUCAAACAAGUUGUUCCAAAACCAAUCAAUCCAGCGUCACAGAUUGUGACCAGUAGCCAGCCCCAGCAGCGGCUCAUCAUGCCUGCCACACCACUGCCCCAGAUCCAGCCCAACCUCACCAGCCUGCCCCCAGGAACUGUCCUGGCCCCCGCCCCAGGGACGGGCAACGUGGGCUACGCGGUACUUCCGGCUCAGUAUGUCACUCAGCUGCAGCAGUCGUCAUACGUGUCCAUAGCGAGCAGCUCGGCCUUCACUGGAGCACCGGGGGUCCAGACGCAGGCGAGGCUUCCGUUCAAUGGGAUAAUCCCAUCAGAGUCUGCCAGUCGGCCCAGGAAACCCUGUAAUUGUACAAAAUCUCUAUGCUUGAAAUUAUACUGUGAUUGCUUCGCAAAUGGUGAAUUCUGCAACAACUGCAAUUGUACUAAUUGCUAUAACAAUUUGGAACAUGAAAAUGAAAGGCAAAAAGCAAUAAAGGCCUGCCUGGACAGAAACCCCGAGGCCUUCAAGCCGAAGAUCGGGAAAGGCAAGGAGGGCGAGUCAGACCGGCGGCACAGCAAGGGCUGCAACUGCAAGCGCUCGGGCUGUCUCAAGAACUACUGCGAGUGCUAUGAGGCAAAAAUAAUGUGCUCUUCGAUAUGCAAGUGUAUCGGCUGUAAGAAUUUUGAAGAGAGCCCCGAGAGAAAGACGCUGAUGCACUUGGCAGACGCGGCUGAAGUCCGGGUGCAGCAGCAGACGGCAGCCAAGACCAAGCUGUCCUCACAGAUUUCCGACCUGCUCACCAGGCCUGCGCCGGCGCUCAGCAGUGGCGGAGGGAAGUUGCCGUUCACUUUUGUUACCAAGGAGGUGGUGGAGGCCACCUGUAAUUGCCUGCUUGCCCAGGCAGAACAGGCGGACAAGAAGGGGAAGCCGAAGGCUGCCGCAGAGCGGAUGAUCCUGGAAGAGUUCGGCCGCUGUCUGAUGAGCGUCAUCAACUCCGCAGGCAAAGCGAAAAGUGACCCGUGCGCCAUGAACUGCUGACCCGGGCAUGAGGCGGAAAGGUGGAGCUGUACGGAGCACAGGUGCAGGGAUGCUGAUUUCUGGACAUCAGUUAGCACUUAGUGUGUUUUAACUCAGUCCUUGUUUUUCCGAGACCUGAAAUUAUAAUACCGAAAGAGAAGACAUUUGAAAUGAGGAAAUUCAUACAUUUUAAAUCCUAGUUAAUUCUGCUUACACCCCUUGUAAAUUGAAUUUUUCUUUUUAAUUUUUAUUGUAAUAUAUAGAUUUUUAAUUUGCUUGAGUUUCUUUUUUUUGUUUGUUUUCUUUUGGUCUCUUUUUUGAGACAGGGUUUCACUAUGCAGUUCAGGCUGGCCUCGAACUCACUUUGUAGCCCAGGCUGGCCUCAAACUCACAGUGAUCCUCCUGCCUCAGCCUCCCGGCUGCUGAGAUUACAGGCAUGUGCUACCAUGCCUGGCUCUGCAUGGGUUUCUUAAAAAUUAGAUGUUCUGUCUUUGUGAUUCUAUCAAGAAAAAGAACAUUUUAUAAAUUAUGGAAUUUGUAGCGUGUGGUAUUGUAUGGCUUUGUUCAGUAGGAAAGUCAAAGCAGCCUUGGGUGUGUACAGUCAUUCUAGAACAUGUGCAGCUCAGAGGUCUGCAUACAUUCUUACAGAAUGUAUUCAGGUGCACUUGUGUUCAAAAAGCACUCUUUUUAAGGAAAACCAGCUUUUUAGGCUCGGUUCUGGACUAUCAAAAGAGGAAGCAAUCCCUAGGCAGAAUUUUAAAAUAAAACUUCUUUUUCACACACAUACACAGAUGAAGGGAUAGUGGCGACUUUAGCAGCUGUGCCAUGUACUCCUGUCGCGAGGAGUGGCCAGGAGUGCUCAGAGUCUCCUCUUCCUCUCAGGAGGUGUCGUGUGUGGGAAUAAGUUGUCAGAGUGCUUACUGGUCACUCGCAAAGUGAGAGGUGUGUGACAAGGUACAAACAUUAGAGAGCCUCGUGUAAUCAUUGAGCAUAAAGUUAGCUUGGGUGGAGAAUAAGGAAUGCUGAAGCUGUAAGACAUGAAUUUAAGGAAGCGUUUUUCUCUCUACAGCUCUUGUUGUAGAUUGAAACUUUGUGUGACUUUCACUUGGUUUACUGAAGCAGGUCUCCUAACAGAGCUUCAAAAUUGUAGUGGAAUUUCUUUUUAUGAGGGAAGUUUACAGUGACAUUGUUUUUAGCCAGUGGUUUGGGAAGCAGAAGGUAUGUGUGUUUUCGUGUAAUUAGUAAUUACAUUUUCAGUUAACUAUGAGUUUAAGAGCCUGUGGUAGUAGGACUCUUGAUUUUAUGACAAAACCAUGCUGGCAUUCAGACAUUUUGUUAGGUACUUUAAUCCUCAGUAAUUAUCAGUAUGUAUGAUUAUUAUAUUUCCUACAAGGACUCUAUAGUUGUAUGUAUUAAGUGUGUAUAUAUGUUCAUAUGAACAUGCAAGAUACAGGCAAUAGAAAUUAAGUAAUCCAAAAGAGGAUUCUGUUAUUCAUUAAAGUAUCCUCCUUUUGAAAUUUGGGUUUAUAAAAGUAUAGUGCAGUAACUUUAAAUGUAGAUAGUGCAGACGUUCUUAGCACCUCAAUCUAGUAGGCCUAAUUAAACUUUGUAUAAAUGUAAAUUAGUGUAAGAGGAUAAAAUAAUAUCUAAUCAAGUUAUUUUUCAAAAAUUUGCAAUAAGUUUUUGGUCUAAACCUAAACUUUGUUCAUUUUGUAUAUAUUCUGUGUUAAUUCUAAUUGCACCAUUGUGAUGUGUAUUUAUAUACAGUGUGCAGAAAAUGUGAAAUUCUGAUUACAAUUGUAGAUUAUGUAUGAUGACAUUGCUUAAGAAUGUUUUGCUUGUAAAAAUCUGAAGGUGCAAUCAAAUGCUACUAGCUCUGAUUUCCAAGAGGCUGCCCCCAAAGCAUCGGGCCUCCCUUCUGUGCAGUACUCACUACACAACUCUUUGUAUUGAGACAUUUGCAUCAAAUUGCUGAACCUGAUUAACAGCCACACUCACACAGCCCUCGUAAGGACUAUGUGGGAGUGUUGGGUGUGUGACUUUUUAGCUCUAUUUCCAUCCCAAGAUAGAAUGAUUAUGUUUAUAUUUACUAGAGCUAUUCAAAGAAUACCCUUUUCUAUAUUGUAAAAACAGACAGGAAAGUAAAUCAUACAGAAAAUAAACAUUUAUACUAUUCUGUAAAAA